AUGGCUAACCGAAGACAGGGCAAAACUCUCGACGUGAUCACGCUCUUCCACAAGUCCUCUGUCCCAUCCUCGGUACGAGCGGCCACCAUCCUCAAACAAGCAUCGGCUGCUGCUUCCGCCACUGCAACCGAAGACCAAGCCUCCGACCACAGCGAACAGACCAAGUACGCUUCCCGCGACCCCUUCGAGCUUGAGAUCACCGAAUCCCCGCCCACAGCCGAUCAGCUCAAAAACAUUUUCGAGUACGUGGGAGGCAGUGGUAAGCCAGCUGAGCUGGUCAAGGGGGCAGCAUCACAGAGUGAUGCACUAAGAAAGCUGGCGGCGGAUGGCGAUACCUUCAAGAGGCCUGUCGUGGUCGACUGGAUCAAUGCUCGCGCUGUGGUGGGUGACGAUGAAAGCGAAAUAUUGAAGCUUUUAAAGCAAGGGGGAGGAAACUAA